UUUUUCUAUUAUAAAAACUUAGAUAAAUAGAUGAGAACUAACGUUCGAUGCUCAGUAAGUGACUUAGAAAUGAAGGCUACCAUUAUAUUAUUUUGUGCGGUCGUCGGCGCGUUGGCGAAUCAAAAAAUCGCCGAGACGUGUCAUCAAGAAGAUAAUUGUCUCGCCGCUGAAGGAUGUAGAUGUGCUGAAAAGAAAUCACCAUUACCGGUUGAAGAAACUCCUCAAUUCAUUAUCUUAGCUUAUAACGAUGCUGUUACCGAUGGAAUUUACAAUCAAUACUUGGAACCACAUCUUUUCGGUCGCACAAACCCCGAUGGAAGUAGAAUCGGAGUUACAUUCUUCGUACCACACGAAUAUACCGAUUACGAAAAAGUGAACAACCUUUACAAUUUAGGCUUUGAAAUAGCCGUUCAUUCUAUCACUAAGAACCCAUUAUCCAGUUAUUGGCAAGAAGCCGAUGCGCAAUUACUUUACGACGAAUUCUACGGCCAAAGACAAAUUUGCUCGAAGUUUGCCAACAUUCCAAUUGAAGAUGUAAUUGGUGCUAGAACACCUAAUUUAGAAUUAAACGGAGACAUCACCUUUGAAGCAUACCAACAAGCUGGUAUCCAGUAUGAUAAUUCUUGGACUGCUCACUCCAACAAUCGCUAUUUUCCGUAUUCAUUAGAUUGUUUAUCUGAACAACCAUGCCUUAUUGGUAAAUGUCCAAAAGAAUCUUUCCCUGGAACGUGGGUACUUCCAAUUAUUGAUCUUACUGGCACCAACGAUAACCAAUGUAAUUCUCUUCUUGGAUGCGUAGUUGAAGCUGAAUCGGCAGCUGAUGUUACUAAUUGGUUGAUGGGACAAUUCAAUAGUCAUUAUCAAGGAAAUAAAUCUCCAAUGACAUUAACCAUUAAUUCAGCUUGGUUUUUGGCUGGAGAUUACAAUGAACAAGGAUUCAUUGAUUUCCUCGACCAACUUGACGGAAUGGAUGAUGUGUACUUUAUUUCUCAUCAACAAUUAUUAACUUGGUCUAAAAAUCCUCAACCUCUCGGUGAAUACGUUCCCAAUACAUCCGAAAGAAAUGCCGCAUGUGAAAGUAAAACGUGUCCUCUACUCCAUGGAGAAGAAACCAGAUAUAUGAGGGUGUGCGUUGCUACUUGUCCCGAUGAAUAUCCAUGGGUUGGUAACCCAUUAGGAGAAACUGAAGAACCCACUGAAGAACCAACUGAAGAACCAACUGAAGAACCAACUGAAGAACCAACUGAAGAACCAACUGAGGAACCAACUGAAGAACCAGUUGAUCCCGAAAAUCCGUAAUUAAUAUAAUCCCAUUUUAUUAAAAUAUUAAUAAAUCUCUUAAAAACUA